AGGAAUUUCCGAUAUCUAAGAUCAGUAGGUCAUUUCAGGAUUUUUAAUAAGAUAAAAAAAAAUGGCACUGCUAUAACAUUCAUUAUUCAUUUGUACAACAAGAAUAGCUCUUUUUAAAUAUAAAUACUCAUAUCUACUAGCCUUUUGUGGAGAAGUUGUUGUUAAAAGUAAAGAUAAAUAAAGGAAUGAACGAUUGGCGUCCUUUUCUGUAUGGAGGAGUUGCAUCCAUUGUAGCUGAAUGUGGUACUUUUCCAAUCGAUACAACGAAAACCCGUUUACAGAUACAGGGUCAGAUAAUUGACCGAAGUCUUACAGAACUCAAGUACCGGGGCAUGUCCCAUGCUUUCUUACGAAUAUUUAAAGAAGAGGGAUUACAGUCACUAUAUUCUGGAAUUGCUCCAGCCUUACUAAGACAAGCAUCAUAUGGAACUAUAAAGAUUGGAGUUUACCAUACAUUGAAAAGAACACUUGUUCCAGACCCAGCAGAUGAAACUUUAUCAGUUAACGUGUUAUGUGGUGUCGUUGCCGGAAUCCUCUCCAGUGCAGCGGCCAAUCCCACAGAUUUGCUCAAAGUGCGAAUGCAAGUUAAAGGAAGAGAAGGAAGUGGAGAAGACAUGUUCCAUGCAUUUAUUAACAUUUAUAAACAGGAAGGAUUACGAGGAUUGUGGAGGGGUGUUGUACCCACAGCUCAGAGAGCAGCCACCGUAGCAGGGGUGGAAUUACCAGCUUAUGAUUUAUGCAAAAAAGUUAUAGUGCAAUCAGGAUAUCUUGGUGAUACAAAGCCAACACAUUUCUUAUCCAGUUUUCUAGCAGGUCUGGCUGGAGCUAUUGCCUCAACUCCAAUUGACGUAAUAAAGACACGGAUGAUGAACCAGAAGGUAUUAAGACCACAACUGGUGAUGAAUGGAGGUUCAGCAGCUGUAGGAAAAACUAUCUAUACAUCCUCUGUAGAUUGCCUGGUGCAGACUGUGAAGACAGAAGGAGUAAUGGCUUUAUACAAAGGAUUUGUUCCAACCUGGGUCAGACUUGGUCCAUGGAAUAUAAUUUUCUUUAUGACCUACGAACAAUUGAAGAAAAUCCAUUGAAGUCUGUGAUAUUUUUAAUGACAUUAAAAAUGAAUUUUACCGGUAAUUGGCAUACAGCAAAUCAGAAUGAACUCCAGAGAAAAGAAAAGGAACAAAUAUGGUGCAAAAAAGAUUUUCGAAGAUGAAACAUUUGGGAAAAAUAUGGAAUCAUCAGCUAUAUAUAUACAUUUAAAGUUAACUCAUGAAUUCACUUGAGAAGUAUAAAGUUGUUAAAUAUGAAUUAUAUGUCCAAAUUGGUUCAUUGAUCUUUGUCAUUUAUAAAAUUGUAAGAAAGUCAUAAGACAGGAAUAUCAAGUAAAGGGAUUUCCAUAAAUAAUUUCAAGAUUGUAGGUUCCGGUAAUGUUAAAGUUGAACUUAUUUUCAAAUUAUUUAUAUUUCUCUUAUCAUGCUUACUUACCUAUUUUUUUUGUAUCUUUACACAGUAUUUGUGAUAAAUAAGUAGAGUAGGAUGAUAUUCAGUAUUAUACAAACUCUGUUAGUCUUUUAAAUAACAUAGAAAUUGAGAGAACUGAUAUGAAGAUAUAAUUUGCGUAUGGUAGAAUCUCAUUGUUAAUGACCAAAGAAUAUUUUAUGUAUGUUGAAUUUUGUUUGAAGUGAAAUCCUAAGACCAAAUUUCAUAUACUCAGUAGUUUCAGUAAUUUUGUGUAUGUAAAAUAUGUGUUAUUUACAAAUAUGAAUUUUACUCACUGUUGUAUGAAUUUAUUAACUAAUACACUCAAUUAUAAAGAAUCGAACAAUUUAUAAAUCUUGUUUGUUUGUUACAAAAAAUAAUGGUGCAAAUUUAGAUGGUAGAUGAAAAAGAUGGUUAUUUAACAUGAGUAGAGUUAACUUCAAAAUUGUUUCUUACUACUUAUGUUUAUUAAAAGAUUAUUUAUUAACUGUAGAUCUUGUAUGUGCUUUUAAUGUUUUGUACAAUAAUACACAAAAGAUAAAAAAAAAAAAUCAUUGUGAUAUGCCUUUAUAUUUCCAAUGUCCUGAUAAUUUUGGUAACAACCUUAAAUAGAAAAUAGUUUAUAAUGAAAGUUUGAUAAAACUUGGAAGCUUCCAUGUCAAUUGCAAAUUAGUCAAAUAUUUAUAUAUUAAAAGUUUUUUGUUCUUUUGCCUUAGUCUGUUUUGAUAGAAGACCAUUCUUUUCCAACUGUUUUCUGAAAUGUGAUAGAAUUUUAAGAAUUUUAAUUUAUGUUAAUAAUAAGCAAAAUGAAGGAUAAAGUUGUUAAUUUGUUUUAUUGUUGUUUAAGUGUAUUAAAAAAAUUAUAAAGAAAAAAGAAAAGUAUGAGUUUUAGGUAAAGUUCAAUGUUUUUUUUUCAAAAGUGCAAUUCUCUUUAUUAAAGUUAUGUAUUCUUAAAGUGGCACAGUAGAGGCAUCAUAAAUAACUAAAAAUGUUUAUUUUUAUAUAUUUAAAUCUAACAUUAAAUUCAAAAAUGAUUUUUAUAAAAUCAUUCCAUUUUAUAUGAAAUCUGUUUAUCAUAUUUUUUUAUGAUACAGAGUUAUAUAAAAAUACCUUUAUUUUAAUUUUAUUGAUCUCCAUAUUUUUUUGUUAUAAAUUUUGUUUUUCCAUAUUUGGAAGAGUUAGAUAGAUGCUUUUUCAGUAUUCUAUGCAGAGAAAAAAAGUGAAUGUUGGCUCUUAUUAUUAUAAUAAAAGUAUGACAAAA